AAAGAACAUACUCGACUGAGAGGAUCGCUUGUAAUAGUGAUCAUUAAAGAUGCGCACAGACAUUUGCAUGAUGUUUGUGGCUAUGUUAGGUGCUAAUGCGCAAUUGCUGUUCCCGGAUGAACUGCAUGCAGCUCUCAGUAAAACAAUCAAUAAAAACUGUGGAGAAAUGCCUUACAGUGUUCACAGGCGUACUAAAUUCGGUCGAAUUUAUGAAAACCCUUGGUUAGUGUUAUUACGUCACCCGCAAGACGGAUUGCACUUCUGCCAUGGAACGCUGAUUACAAAUCAAUUCGUUUUAACGACCGCUGUUUGUAGUGGUCCAAUUUUAACUAAUGGUAUGGCCACAACGGAAGAUAGGCCAACCGAGAUCGUACUAGGGGAAUAUGAUCUCAACCACAAAUCAGAUUGUGCGGUUGAUAAAAAUUGUUCUCUUGCUGCUACGACAUUGUCCGUCGAUAAAGUAAUCAUUCAUCCAAACUUUAGCAGUUCGUCGUACGAAAAUGAUAUUGCCCUGCUCGUUUUGAAUGACUCCAUCCAGUUGAGUAACAAUGUACGUCCAAUAUGCUUGCCGCUUUUUCCAUUAGUUAAAGACAGUGAUGAUCAUGUUUUGAAUAUUUAUAAUGUGUUGUGGUCAGCAAAUAACCGACCGUCUCAAGUUUGGAUGCGGUAUGUGCCUUUCGCAAAUUGCAAGGAACAGUUGAGGAACUGGACGACUGUGACGACUGGCCAAAUGUGUGCCCGGAUUCAUAACAAUUCGCGAAUUAAUAUGCUAGGAGGUGCUGGCUCCGCGUUACAGGUGGAUUUUCACGAACGUGUAUAUCAAAUCGGGAUACUAUCUAUUGGUUUUAGUAAUACGGCUUCAAAUAAUCCCUAUGUUUAUGUAGACAUAUCCAAAUACACAACUUGGAUAGAUAACAUCACGUGAGCCACAAUUCCAGAAGAUGUACCUGCACAAAUGAAGCAAACCAAAUUUCGCAUACAUUCAUAGAGAAACUUUUUUUAGUAAAAUGAAGAUACGUUCAUAAUAAAAAAGCUGUUAUUCAAGUCAACAGUUUCUCAAAGUAAAAAAAAUUAACAAAGUUCAAUCGACUGCGACAUACGCUAUUUAUUUGAAAUAAAUUUGCAUUGAGUUGCUUAGAAACUAAAAAAUCAACCGCACUAGAUGCACAGAUUGCACAAACUGUAAAUGAGUUAAUUUUAACAAACUGUAAAAUGUGAUUUAAAUUUAAUCUCGUAUGCAGGCA